AUUUUGUUCUUAAUAAUGAAAUCAGUCUUACAUUAAUAUUGAUAACAAAUGAUAAAAAUAUGUACUGCUGGGGUAGUACUGUUCAUGGAGAGUUGGGUCUUGGAGGUAUCGAGGAUGAAAAUAUUUUAUUACCUAGAGAAUUAGACUUUCAAAAGGCAUUGCAAGUUAAGCAAAUUGCAUGUGGAGAAAAUCAUACCAUUAUUAUUACCGAAGAUGGUCAAAUCUAUUCAUGUGGAAAUAAUGAUUCUGGACAACUUGGACAUGAAAAGCCAACGAAACGAUUACAACUAUUACCAGGAUUAGAUGCAUUUACAUUCAAACAAGCUGCAUGUGGUGGAUCUCAUUCUGUAGCGGUAAAUAAUUGGGGACAAUUAUUUUGUUGGGGCAAUAAUUCUGUUGGUCAGCUGGGUUUGGAUACAUCAUUAGCUAUAGUGCAAAUGCCUAGAAUGGUUAAAUCUUUAGCUACAAAUAUCGUAGUUCAAAUUGCUUGUGGUCAAAAACACUCAUUAGCUUUAACCAAUAAUGGUGAAUUGUAUAGUUGGGGAUCGAAUAGCAAUGGACAACUGGGCCAUGGUCAACAAUUGACAAUGCAAGCGAAACCUAAACUUAUUACUGGUUUAAUUGCAGUACCUAUUGCCUUUAUUGCCUGUGGUGGUUAUCACAGUAUUGUCGUUUCAAAAUCAGGAGCUGUUUUCGGUUGGGGUAAAAAUACAUUCGGUCAAUUGGGUAUGAAUGAUUUUACAGAUAAAUACGUUCCAUAUUUGUUAAAAACUUUGAGAAAUGCCAGAGUAAAAUAUGUUGCUUGUGGAGAAGAAUUUACCGUUUUUCUUACAAUGGACGGUGGAGUUUUCACUUGUGGAGCUGGAAUGUAUGGUCAACUUGGUCAUGGUGCCAAUAGUAAUGAAAUUUUACCCAGGCAAAUUAUUGAACUUAUGGGAAGUGUUGUUACACAGAUAUCUUGUGGAAAAAGGCAUACUCUGGCUUUAGUUCCGUUGCACAGAAAAAUAUAUGCAUGGGGCAUUGGGGGAUCUGGUCAACUUGGAAAUAAAACAGCUCGUAGUGUUACGACGCCUCAGGUCGUACUUGGUCCUUGGAUUUCUAAAAAUGAUCCAACUGCAAUGGAAGUAGACUCUCAAAAUUUUGCUCCGGAAAUGCAUGUUAUAAAACACAUUUUCAGCGGUGGUGAUCAGUGCUUCGCUAUUGUAAGGCACCGCGAGGAUAAUAUAGAAUCAGACGAUUGUCGCAUUUAUCUUCCUAUUACGCAAAUUUUAACUAUAAACGAGGAACAAUUAAUUGCCUGUCAAAGAAUUUCUCAAAAUUCUUCAGUCGAUCAUGAUUUGAUGAUGUAUAUAGAAACAGUAUUUAAAAGUCAAGCUUGUAUAAAUGCCUCGUUUUUGUUAACCAAUAACGCACACUAUAACUGUUCGUAUCGACAACAUGGUGUAGAUUUAGAAGUUGCAACUCGUGUAUUUGGAUUGAUAUCUGAAAUUGUGAAUACAACUAUAAGCGAAUUGAUUUGGACCUGUAUAACCGAGGUGUUGCUUCCUUCUUUAAUAACAUCACCUAGGGAUAUAGAGUGCCUUAGAAUUUAUUUAAUAUUGCCUCUAUACCAUGGCUUUACCAACCCUGAUAACUGUACUGUUUUACAUAAGCCAUUUUCUAUGGCAUUGUUUAGUUUAAAUCAAGAAGAAAUGAGAACUCUAGAAAGUUGGUGGACUAAAGCACCGAAAUAUUAUUUUGAAAGAUUUAUACGAAUAUAUAAGUCCAUUGUUGUGUAUUUCAUUAAGCAACCUAAUGUAAAAGAAACAAAGAUAGUUUCAUGGAAUUCAACAUUACAAUCAGCUUUAGAUACUUUAAAGUUUUUGAAUAAAUUGAAUAAUGCUAACGAUAGAAAACAAGUACCACAUAAUAUUUUCUACUUGCGUGAGCUAACUGAAUAUAUCGAUGUCAGAGGAGAUUAUUGUCAAUGGCAAUUUAACAAAAAUUCUCAUCACAAAAUAAUUUUCUGCAAUUAUCCAUUUUUAUUUGACGCAGAAGCUAAAACGAUUCUUCUAGAAACAGACCAAGCACUUCAGAUGCAAUCGGCAAUGAACGAAGCAGCAAGCAGAACUUUGACUCAUGUAUUGUUUAGUACAUUCCAUGAAAAUAAUCCAGGUAUCGGACACUAUCAUCAGCUUGUAACACUCACUGUUUCACGUGAGAAUAUAGUAGCAGAUACAUUAAGAGAGUUAGCUGAUUAUUCAUCGGAUGACUUAAAAAAACCUUUGAGAGUAAAGUUUCACGGAGAAGAAGCGGAAGAUGUUGGUGGCGUAAAAAAAGAAUUUUUUAUGCUCUUGUUAAAGGAAAUUUUAGAUCCAAAAUAUGGUAUGUUUAAGGAGUUUGAGCAAACAAGAACAAUUUGGUUUAGCGAGGAUUCUUUUGAAGAUGAAGUUAUGUAUUUCUUAAUUGGUCUAUUAUGUGGUCUUGCCAUAUAUAAUUUUAUAAUAAUUGAAUUACCGUUUCCAUUGGCACUUUAUAAGAAAUUAUUAAAUGAGUCAGUUGGUUUAACAGAUAUUAAAAGUAUGUCACCAGUUCUUGCAAGGAGCUUACAAAAUAUCUUAGAUUACGAAGAAGAGAAUUUAGAGGCUACUUUUGCUUUAAAUUUCGAAGUUUCAAGACAAGUUUUUGGAGAGGAAAAAGUAUAUGAACUUAUUCCAAAUGGGAGCAAAAUUCCAGUAACUAUGAAUAAUAAGAAACAAUUUGUUGAACUGUAUGUUGAUUAUAUUUUAAAUAAAUCAGUUGAUUCGCACUUUAAAGCUUUUUAUAAAGGCUUUCAUAAAGUGUGCGGUGGUCGUGUUUUAGAAUUAUUUCAUAGUGAUGAAUUAAUGGCAGUUGUUAUUGGUAAUGAAGAAUACGAUUGGCAGAAACUGGAACAAAAUGCUAUAUAUAAAGAAGGAUAUACAAAAGAAGAUCCCACUGUUAUACUGUUUUGGAAAGUUUUUCACGAAUUAUCACUUGAACAAAAAAAGAAGUUUUUGCUGUUUUUGACAGGUAGCGAUAGAAUUCCCCUGCAAGGCAUGAAAGCAAUAAAAAUUGCUAUUCAGCCAAUGUCCGAUGAUAAAAUGUUACCCGUAGCACAUACUUGUUUCAAUCUUCUGGAUCUACCAAGAUAUCAAACACGAGAUAGACUUCGACAUAAGUUGUUGCAAGCAAUUCAGCAAACUCAGGGAUUUUCUUUAGUCUAAUAACUAAAUCUAUA